GGACAGAAGACACAUAUUGAGUCUGCACAUCUAAACAGGUAUAUAAAAGAGAUAAAACAUAUAAACCCGCUUUGUGUUAAUUAAAACGGAGAAGAGGUGAUAUAAGAAUGGAAAAUGUCAAAGAUAAAAUAAAGAAAAAGGAAUACAGAAACUGGGUACAAAGUACUUUAGGGUUAGAAAGAACAAACAGGGCACUUUACGAAUACGUAAAAGAUAAAUUCACAUCAUACACACAUGGAAAAUGUGCGCUGCAAUCUAGCCAGACGCAUUUUACUCAGGAUGAAGUAAGUCAUAUUCGCCGCGGAGCAGGCUGCCUUCGUAUGUCCCUUGAAAAGAUGGUCAAGUACAAACUAGACAAGAAGACAAAUACAUCAAAAUGGGAAUGGAAAAGCAAAUGCAGUAAAUGUGAAGGGGCAUUUGUGAAGAUCCUAUCACUGCAUACAGAGCAGAUCAAGAAAGUCAAUAAAGGAGAAUCACAUUAUAGAGACAUACAUUGGAAAAACUGCCAUGAUACAUCCAACAUUUCUCUGGAAUGGGCAAUUGCAAAAAUGUUCAUGCCUCAAGGAAAUGAAAACAACACUGGGCCAGAUGAUACCGAUCCAGCCUCUAUGCUUAGUCUUAUGCUGAACUGCGAUUUGUUUACAAACCCAGUUAGAAAGUCGCACUUGCAAAAGCUUAAAGAAGCCAGAAACAGCCUGUUCCAUUCUUCAAAUAAUCUGGUCAAGGACAGUGACGUGAUAGAUUACUUUGACCACAUGAAAGGUCUUCUCACCGAUGCUUCGAAUGACAAUGAAGUUGACAAGAAUAUAGGACAAACAAUUCGCAAUGACAUCGGGAAAAUUGAAAAGUUGAAAGACGCAGAAAUAACGAUGACUUUGUUUGAUGAUGCCUUGAAGAUCAAACGGAAAGCAAUAUAUGACGAUUUCGAAAAAUGCUUGAGCGACAACGACAUUGAGCAACUGAAACUACUCCUGAAGCUUGCAGAAAAAGUGGCGGCUGAUCUUCAGUUCAUAAACGACCACUUUGAUGAAUUAAAAAACAUAGAAAAGUACAAGAAGGAAAUCGAUCAAUUGGAAACAAAACAAAAAGGAAUUGAAGCCGGCAUCAACACUUUGUCUGAAAGUUUUAGACAAAUUAAAGAGUCUCAUAUGAUUCAUAAACAUGAAGUCGAAGACGAGUUGGAAAUGUACAGGAAAUUUCAAGAUGACCAGGAAAAACAAUUGACCAACCAGAUAAAACUUAUAUACCAUUCUAUGACACAGGUUUGGAAAACUGCUAAAGAAAAUUUGACCAGGUCUUUCAUGGAACUCGGAAACAGUUAUAAGCAAUUGAAGAACGAUUCGAAAGAAAUGGUGUCUAACACGAGUCAAGAAAUGGGUCAAGUUAAGGAUCACUUUGAAAUUCUGGAACUUAAGCUACACCGCCAAAACAAAAUAAUCAGUAGGAUUCGAGAAAACACGAAGUCUGUGUCACGUGAUCUUGACCAAUUGGAGCACAUUUCAAAUGAUAUCCCAGUCAUAUCCCAAGGAAUCAGAGGACUCAAAAAUGGAGUUUGUUUCUGCUGGCGUGAAGUUUCUCAACUGAGUGCAGAAGGUAUGGUUAUUGUAGUUGUCGUUACAAUUGCCAUCUCCAUAAUAUUCAGGCUCUGCUUGUAUUUUGCUUUCUAGAAUGAAAGGCAUGAUAACUGGUACAAUUUACUAUCCUGAAUCCCAUAAAAGGGCGUUGCCGCAUAAUGAAAAGUUUGUCUAUUAGUGAGUUAAGACAGCUAGUUACACACUAUUUCAUGAUCAAAAUUUUGUCGUUGAAAUAAAAGUUUUGUUCCUGAAGUACCUUUUGGUUUGAGUGAACGUCAGAUACCAUAUCUUCAUGUGUAGCGUAAUGAAACUUUGUUGUUCAGGAAUGUGCAAUGACAUAGUGUUAAAGAUAGAAAUACCUGUAUACAGAAUUUUGUGCUGAAUGAGUUCUAGAUGCGAUGCCGUUUGCCUAGCCUCAGCAAAUCAAAGCCUAAUUUUAUUCAGGACAUUUAAUAAAAGUCAAUUUUCCAGGAUAGUUUUAUGGAUUCAGUUGAGUCAUUUCAAGAAUACGUCGUUUAUAUAAACAAUAAGUGUUAAUUUCUUUCGUUAAAUUUGUUUGAUGCCUACGACAGUGUUUGCGCAACUAUUUGCAAGGGAAACACAGAGUAGUUUAAUUACUGUAGUAAAAUGUGUUGUCAAAAUGUAAAAUAAUAAUAACAAACAAAUUAAAUAAUAUAAAGGUUUGUUCUGUAUUCUAGAUGAUCAUAGUUAUGCACAAGCUUAUAUGGAUUGUACAUUUUUGCAAGCUUAGUUUGAAACUGAAUCCAGAAGGAAUGACUCUAUGGUCGACAAGGCUCCGGUUGUAUCAGCAUGGUCAGCAAAUUCUGUUGUAAAUAUCUGAAUUUAAACAAUAUCAAGAAAACCUUGACUACGCUGUUAUUGUUUGUGUAUACUUCAAUAAAAGCUGUACAGUUGUAAUACCCUAAAUGAUUUUCCUUAUACAUGUUGUAUAUCUUAUAUGAAUGUUUUAUGUUCACAGUGAUUGCAAACAUGACCAGGCCUAUUUUAGAUUACAAGUCAUUUCUUCAUCUUAAGACUGACAUAAAAUGAAAGGAAGAGCAGAGUCAUGUAUCUUGUAAGAGAGAUUGUUUCUGUCACAUUUGCCU